CGGACCGCGGGGUGAGGAGGAUCAUGUGUAGUCCACGCGCCGAAGCCAGGUUACAGGCAGCGAGCCGCAGAGCAGCACAGAGAGAGGACGAGCAGCCGUAGACGUGUUUUUAUCGCAACAGUACCUCUGAGACUGCGCAGACAGGAAGUACAUAACUACAACACACUGGUGCUUUCAUUUAUUUUAAGGUCGGCGCGUGCGAAGAAAAAAAAAAAAAAAAAAAGGGGUAGAAAAAUCCAUGUGAGGAUUUGCUAUUGUGACAGUUUUCAGCUGCUCCGGAUUUGGAGCGAAUAAGUGCGCGUCGCUCUCCGUGUUUCUCGGCUUCGUUUCCACCUGGAGUUGCAUGACUUGAAGAGUUGACUACACUUCACCGCCGACAUGAGAGCUCAAAUAGAGGUGAUUCCGUGUAAAAUCUGUGGGGACAAAUCCUCAGGGAUCCACUAUGGUGUCAUCACCUGUGAAGGCUGCAAGGGUUUCUUCCGACGCAGCCAGCAGAACAAUGCUAUGUAUUCCUGCUCACGACAGAGGAACUGUUUAAUUGACCGGACCAACCGUAACCGCUGUCAGCACUGCCGACUGCAGAAGUGUCUCGCUCUGGGCAUGAGCCGCGAUGCGGUCAAGUUUGGUCGAAUGUCCAAAAAGCAGCGUGACAGCCUGUAUGCAGAGGUCCAGAAGCACCAGCAGGCCCAGGAGUGCGCGGCGCUUGGUGUCCGCGAGCGAGAGGACAGCGACGUGACCUACAGGAGAAGCUCCACCGCCGCGCUCAGCGACCUGGAGGACAUUAGCAUGAUUCCGGAAGGCCUGAUUUUCGACCUGCCGCUGACCCCCGAGGACGCAGGUGGAGACUACUGCAACCUGGACGUGCUGAGCGGCAGUGCAGGCAGCACCUCAUCCUCUCAGAGUUCACCAGAACAGACCAACUUGGACUUUGUAGACGCCAACCACAGCAUCAAGCACGAGUACCAGCUGUUGCACGACUCUGGACUCUUCUCACAUGCAAUCCUCCACCCGCUGCCCGAGGGCUGCUCCCUGCUUGAGAUAGAGCGUAUAACUCAGAGUGUGCUGAAGUCCUAUAUUGAGACGAGCCAGUACAGCACAGAGGAGCUGAAGAGAAUGGCGUGGACCUUGUAUAACCCAGAAGAGACACGCUCAUACCAGACCAAGUCGGCUGAGGCGAUGUGGCAACAAUGCGCCAUUCAAAUCACCAAUGCAAUCCAGUACGUGGUAGAGUUUGCCAAGCGCAUCUCUGGCUUCAUGGACCUCUGUCAGAACGAUCAGAUCAUCCUCCUCAAAGCAGGCUGCUUGGAUGUUCUUCUGAUCCGUAUGUGUCGGGCCUACAACCCCAUCAACAAUACGAUGCUCUUUGAUGGAAAGUUCACAGCUGCUCAUCUUUUCAAAGCACUUGGCUGUGACGACCUGGUGAGUGCAGUGUUCGACUUUGCUAAAAGCAUGAGCCGUAUACAGAUGUCCGAGGAAGAGAUGGCUCUCUUCAGUGCUGCCGUGCUGCUCUCACCAGACCGACCCUGGCUGACAGAUGUUCAGAAGGUACAGAAGUUGCAGGAGAAAGUCUACGUGGCUCUGCAGCGCUGCCUACAAAAAGAGGGAGCAUCAGAAGAGAAGCUAGCUAAGAUGGUGUCUAAGCUUCCCAUCAUGAAGUCCAUUUGCAACCUUCACAUCGACAAACUGGAAUUUUUCCGUCUGGUCCACCCUGAGACCGCGUACACCUUCCCUCCUCUGUAUAGGGAGGUGUUUGGCAGUGAAAUCACCUUCCCAGACUCCACAGAGGGCUAGAAGCGCUUAGCUAAAUAGAGGGAUUUAAAUGGAGACAUUGAAGUGUAGGGAUGGGGAGAUAAAAAAAAAUGUGGCAACCAGCUGAGACAAAAACCAACCAGCGGCUCAAUGACAAUCCUGCACGCUACACUUUAGGACUCACUCCUCUCACCUAUGAGCUCCCAACCCUGUGGAGGAGCUCACUCUGCCCUGCCAGCCAGUCCAUUCAGCUUCAACGUAACACUACAGGAACUGCUGCUGGCUACUCGGUACAUGUUACCUCUUUUUUUAAGGAACUUAUUGAAGAGUAGCCUAAAUCAUUUGUAUUCUCAAAAAAAUAUUUUUCUAUGAGAUGACCUUAACCUUCUCUCAUAAAGCUGAAUUUGACUCUCGCUACUCUCGAAGUUCCUUUAAGCUAUUGUUGAAUGUAUCCCCUCGUUCCCUUUACCGUUUCAGCGCAGCUCUAGGCUCGAAAUAGAAUGUACAUACUUAAAAUCCUCACCUACUUUCAGAGGUUUGCAGUAAUCAUGCCUGUUUCAGUUCUGUUGUGUAGUAACAGCUUAUUAUUUCAUUCGAUAUUUUUGGUAGUGCCCAUAUUUUGCAGUUUUGUAAUGUAUGGACAAGCUGUUUUAAAGGGACCAUGAUCAAACUCACACAGAGACAGGGUUUUUAAACUGUGUGAAUCGAGGGCAAACGGAAGGUUUGCACCCACAAACUCUUGCACACAGAGCACAAAACAUAGCACUUAAACUGGUCUUUGUAGGUAUCUUUACUAGCACAUCCACAGACGCUGAUGUAAGUGAGCUUCUUUUUUUUUUUUUUUUUUAAUGCAAUCAGUGACCUCAGCCCAAAUACCUUUUCCCUUUGAAAUUGCCACCUAGAGAGUGAGAGAAUCAGAGGUAUUUUGGAAGUAUUUUCAGAUGCUCCUUUUAUAUAUAGUAUAAAUAAUAACACCUCUAUAAUCAUGUAAGAUAAGAGCAGUCAUGAUGUCAUCCCCAGUUAGGUGGAGGGUGAUGUGCUUGUGCUCGGGUCUCUCAUACAGAUGCUGCCUGGCCAAACUUUGGGGAUCUGGGGCGGAGAGAUUGGUGUUGCUGCAAAGAAAAUCGAAUGAAUAAUUAUGGCACUUAUGAGUCCUUGUUCGAUUCCAAAAUGAACUCUUUGGUUUUUACGGGUUCGCUCUCAGACUGCCAUCUGUGAAACUCAUGUUAAACCGGUCGGAAAUGCCAGAUACACCCACCCGCUGUAGAUAAGCUGUAUGAACAAGGUGCUGGGCAGCCGACCACUGUGGGGUUAUGAGCUAUCAUGGACGAGCGUCUGGAACUGUACCGCCUUAGUCCCCCCCCCCCCUCCUCCGCAGAGGAGUGCCAUCGCCCCAAAAACCUCCAGCACCGUCUCAACCAGCAGAUUCAAAAGACUUUGGGAGCAAAGAAAGAAAAUGAUCUGAGAGUUUGGUGUUGAAAUACGACAGUUAAUCACAUUUUCCACCUACGUGGUUGGACGAGGGGCAAAGAAUGGAGAGUGGACUUGUGGGUGAUGGUGUUCUUUAAGCCCAGUCAGAGGGGCUUUACUGUCUGCGGCGACUCUCACUGCUUCGGGUAGAGGCCGACUCGUGCUGUCGCAGGAAGCCAAGGUGUUCUGAUUGGAGAAUUUGAUCCUCUGUCCCCUCCCUUUGGCUACUACCUCACCCUCUUCAAACACUACGUGGCGCAGCAAAGGGUUGACAGAGCCAUCAGCUACCCCCCUGAGCUUCUUCUCAAGUAUAACAAUUAGUGGUGAAAUUUGAAGGCCAGUGACUAAACUAUCCUAAAAAUGUUGUUGUGCUCUUAAAACUGGACAGAAGACAAACGUAUACUUACGGCAUCCUCUCUUACUGCUUUUCUAUCAUUUGAGAGCAGUGCAUGCCUUUAGGUCCAGGAAGCCCUACUUACGUAAAGAUCUGUCUGAAGUCUCUGGAGACAUUAGGGUGUGUCCAGAUGAAACCUUUAUUCUUCAAAAUAGGGGGACAUAUUGGAUUUCUGUCCCAGAGGAGCUACUAGAAAAGAAUAGUUGUAAUUUAUGCUUUUUUUAAAAAAAUUUUUAUCUUAAGCAUUCUGCGACAAUCACACGACAGAUGUUGGAUGUCUAGUCUAUUUAAUAUGUCAGCCUGGUUUGCUUUGUGCUGCUGGGACAGUGCUGUUCGCCAUACAUUAUCUCACAUAGUGUGAGAUAAUGUAAUGUAAGGGUGUGACCCUUAUCUGGGUACGUACGACAGUGGCGUGGUGGGAUUGUGCAAUAAAGUCUUUCCCAUUGUAAUAGCGUUGUUAACCUCGCAGCACGACAAAUAAUGUUAUUUAGAAUAUAAUGUACCAAAUACUCAGCCAACCACUAACACGGGGUCAGCUCUCGGCUGACACGACAGUCAGAUGACGCUUGCAGAUUGUAACAAAGUGCAAUACUUUGUCUGUGGAGGAUGUGAGACAUGCUGCUUUGAAAGGAUUCGGUGUAGUUUUUGCAUGCCUAAACACUGUCCAGGGGGGGGGCAGCACUGAAGAUCUGCACUUGCAUUUCCUGAGUUACUCAGGGAGAUAGCUGGGCUCUCUGUCCUACAGUGUCUGCAGUUAGUCUAGCAGGACACCUUGCACCAACAUAGAAGACCUUAAAACCUUGAUCACUGUGUACAGUACAUGUUCUUGUGAAUGUUUUAUUUCAAAGUAUCAAAGACUUUACCCCUGUCUAAUAUCAUUAUUGCAAGACCUUUUUUUGAGUUUGAGUCAUAGAUGAAAUAGGAUAUUAAAAAUAGUCAAAUAAAUUUAAAAGGUGGAUUAUAAUCUCGGAAUCUUGUGUUGGUUUUGUUGUGAUCUUUUGUUUCCUGAUUUUUAUCCCUAUGUGGACUUUUUUUUUUCUCAUCAGUUUAGUGUCCUUUUUGUCUUGGAGAGAUGUAAUUCUAUUUUUUUAAAGAGCGUUUUUAAAAGAUGUCUCCCUAAAAGUUUCUCUUUUGUCAUGAUCCUUCUGUUUAUAUGUUCAUGAUAUUUUAAGAUUACUAUUAUUAAAUCAAUAUAGAUUUUAAUAAGAAAUUAUUUAUGACAUGUUAUGGAUAUAUAAAGCCUAAGAGGUUUUAACACAACUUAGUGUUAUUGCACAACGGUGAUACAAUAUGUGGAUUUAAGAAUGUAAUAAAAGUCUUUUUACAAUUAAAAUAAAAAUGUAUUGCUUCA